CGGUCAACACAAACUUUAAAGGAAUUUAAGCGAUACUUUAAAGUGUGUCUGACAAAUCUCACACAGACCAACAGCGCCACCCUGUGGCAGUCUGGAUGUACUACACAGAUCUGGGCUCACGGAUGAGACAACCAUGUACGGGAAGUCGGAGGGGAAAAUCAGCUGGAAUCCGCGGAAAUCCUCCAUAGGACUAUUUUCCUUUACUUAGCUAGCUAUCCAUCUGUCAACUUCUAUCCCACCCUUCCUUCUUUUGGCUGCCAAACCGCCACACUGGCGAUGUCGGAGUCUUACGAUUUCCUGUUUAAAUUCCUAGUGAUUGGGAACGCUGGAACAGGCAAAUCCUGUCUGUUGCACCAGUUUAUAGAGAAGAGAUUUAAGGAUGAAUCCAACCACACCAUUGGAGUGGAGUUUGGCUCUAAAAUCAUCAGUGUGGUCAACAAAAUGGUCAAACUGCAGAUUUGGGACACUGCAGGACAGGAAAGGUUUAGGUCUGUGACCAGGAGUUACUACAGAGGAGCAGCAGGAGCUCUGCUGGUCUAUGAUAUCACCAGUCGAGAGACAUACAACGCUCUGACCACAUGGCUGAGUGACGCCAGGAUGCUGGCAAGUCAAAACAUCGUCAUCAUCCUCUGUGGGAACAAGAAGGACCUGGACGCUGACAGGGAGGUCACAUUUCUGGAGGCUUCCCGCUUUGCUCAGGAAAACGAGCUGAUGUUCCUGGAGACCAGCGCUCUAACUGGGGAGAACGUUGAAGAGGCCUUCGUCCAGUGCGCUCGGAAAAUCCUCAACAAGAUAGAGUCAGGGGAGCUGGAUCCAGAGAGGAUGGGUUCAGGCAUCCAAUAUGGCGACGCUGCGUUACGACAGCUUCGUUCUCCUCGCCGUGCUCAGCCGCAGGGCACCCAGGAGUGCGGCUGCUAGUUGGACACGUUCCGGUAACGUACACAGACAAGGUUUGUGAAGACCAGGAGAAGAACAGCCACGGGAGACCCGACCAUGUUGGGUUCAGGUUGCUAUGCUGGUGACUCCUCCCUGACCUUCGACCUUUGCACGGACCCUUCAGAACCUUCGUUGUCAUGGCUGCACUUGCAGAGAACUGAACAGAAUUCCCAGCCACGCCCCCUCUCAGAACUCUGAAGAUCUCCAAGGUAACCAGAGGCCGCCCACCCUCCAACAGUCUGCUCCCCUAUUGGACCAAACUCCUCCCAGUCCUCCAGCCAGGAUGUGAAUUACUGACUAGCUUCUCCUACCUUUCUACUUCACACCUGCCUACGCAGCUUAUCACACUUUGUUUUCCUACUGAUUCCUGUCCAGCUUCUGGCUGCACUACUUAAAGGAGCAGUCGACAUUUUGAGCAGUUUCUUUUAUGUGUGUUUGAAUUAAAGGAACAUAGAUAUCGCAGGUUAUUUAAGCCUUUUUCAUACAUGCAAUAAGUGACAUUGCUGGCUGCAUUCUGUUGUUCAGACAAGGACCACAUUUACGUUAAUGUUCCUCACUGCUUCAUUCAGAGAUACCACUACAGUGAUGGAGAGAGGCACUGUACACACACGAUGCUUGCCAUACAUACACGAUUGAGCUGUCAGUAUGUCAUAAUCUUGUGCAUUCCCUAUCCAUUAAUGUGACUGCAUGCAGUUCAGCCUUGUGCCAAGCUGAAAGUGACACAUAAAUGCUACUAGGUUCGACCUAGUAACUUACAAAACAUUCACCAGUGUGAUCAUUCAGCCAUGAAGUCAACAUGUUUGGAUGCCGUCAGAUUAAUGGAUAGGAGUGCAUGUCUGAAAGGAGCUUCAGUUAGCUUUAAAGGUGUUGGUAGGAGGAUUUUUGUAACAAACCACGUGAACCUUCAUGCUAAGCUAAGCUAACUGCUUCCUGACUUCAGCUUGGUACUUGACGUACUAAUGCAGGGUAUCAAUUCUGUCAUCUAAGAAGAAUUAUGUAACCUUUAACCACAUAAUCCUUCCCUUUUACAGCACUUCUCUUUCUCUAUUGACCUGCUGCUCACCUGUUUUAAACACCCCACUAACAGUUCACAGACUACCUGUACAUUUUGCUCUCUCUGUAUGCCUGCUCUGCUUUCCCCUUAUACAAGUUCUCUCUGAGCAAAGUUGCCACCAAAUGACAUGUUACCAGUUUACCUGCUGUACCCUCUUGCCCUCGAUCUUUCCCUUUUCUUGCAUUGUUUACAUCCCUCAUCUCUCUCCUCUGGUCCUCCUGCAGCAUCGUACACACUGUACAGUGUUCUUGUAUAUAGAGACUGACGCAUGUUUUCUCAAACAGAAUAUCAGAGUAUUUCAUUAUGAAGAUAUAUUCUAUGUAUAUUAAAGUAGAUAUCAUAUUCAGCAUCUGUUUCAUGCUCCACUGUAUUAUUAUCAUGUUAAGCUACAAUACACCGGCAACUUGUGAGCAGUACAGAUGAGCAGUACUGUUUUCAGCAAUGAUGUGUUUCGUGGAUGUGGAUUUUAUUAUCAUUAUGAGGAUGAAUGCUCACAGAUAUUAAAAAAAAAAAUCAGACAGAGGCAGCCUGAAGUAUUGUGAGAAAACACUGGGCCUUCUGUUUGUUUGUUGAAGUCAUUUGUGUGAAAUGCAAUUUUUGGAUUCCCAGUGGCAGAUUCAGGUUUCACCACUGAGUUACAUGGUAGUGUAACACGUCUUUAUCAAAGCGAUUCCAUUUAUGACAAAUGACUGAUUUCUCACUUCUAAAUGUUGCCUGUUUACAUGAGACUGACUGACUGCUGCCAGCUGUGGGGUGAUACUAACUAAAAGCAUUUCAAGUUUUAGCAAUGGUAUAAAACUAUCUGAUGUGUGCUUUAUUUAUUUUUCGUCUCUUGUUCCGCCACAUGAAACCUUAGUGACAGAACUUUAAUGUGGGUUUUUUUAUUUGCAGAUUUUGAUUCAGAGGGAUGCUUUUUUUUUUGUUUUAUGGUGCAUUCAAGCAUUGCAACAAGUCAUUUACUGCUUAUACCUUAAGCAAUUUUUGUCCAUUAAAAAUUAGACCGUUAAAUUAGGCACACUUCAAACGGUAGAAGUAUUUCACGUUAAAUUAUCCUCAAGUGUUUGAUAUCUGAUGGUGGCUUUGGCUGCUCCACAUCAGGUUCCUGUCAUGUGUUUAUCUCAUCAGGUCCUUUUGUUUUAUAUUUAUGUAUGUCCAUUUUUCUCUUGUCAUUAUGAAUAUCAUAGAUUUUUAAUUUAUUGUGUAUGACAAAAGGCAUAUGUUUUUAAAAUAAAAACUACUGCAAAUCCAGAA